AUGAAGCUUCCGUUUGUCUUUUUAGAGCUUCUCCAAUUUACCAGAGCGACUGGUAAUAGAAUUCUUAGAGAUGCUUCUCAAAUAGAUGCUAUAAUAGUAAGAGACCUAACGCCUAAAGAAGCAAUAGACUUAUUAAAAUCAAACCAACCAGAAUCUGAAGAUGAAUUGGAAAAAAUUGUCAAAAGAAUUUGCUGUCAUUUUUCUUAUAUUAAUAAAUUAGCAUUAACUAAUAAAGAAACUGAUAUUUAUGGUCUGAUUCUUAAUUUUGAAGAAGAAGCUCUUAAUAAACAAGAAUAUGCUUCAUAUCCAAAAUGGAUAAAAAUGAUAGAUCAUGAUAAUAUUAUUAUUAUUAAUGAACAUCAAAAUAUUAAAGCUGAUUCAAAAAUUCCACUAAAUAUAUUUGAAGAAAUCGUUAAUCAAGAUGGAUUUGAUAAGUUGCUAGAUGAUGUUAGUGAAAGA